GAUCGACCGUAACGUGUAAACGCAGAAAGCCAAAAAGCAAACAAUAUGCCCUGUUUACCCGCCGUGUUCACUCGCCGAGGCCGUCUGAUGACAAUCGGAUCUAUAGUUACUGCAUUCAUGACUCAGUGGUAUUCUCUGCAUGUGAACCUUUACCAAACGUGAUAUUUAUAGAACUUAUUCACUGAUGUUUCACAUAGUGUUAUACUUCGUGGACAGAUUUGUACGAAAGGUUUAUUACAUUUUACCCGGGUCUUGUACAGUGACUUGCCGCGGUAUAGUUAUAGUUUGAAGUAAACAUAUACAUCCUCCAUCAUCUCUCGAGGACGGAAACUUAUCAGCGUUCAGGAAGCAUCAGGUCGUACGGUCUUGAUGUCUCGAUGAUGACGCUUUAUAAUUGGAUCACCGUUCUCUUCCUAACGGUGAUGAUCUCGACAUCGUCUUCGUGGCCGGACUUCGAUCUCCCGGACGAUCUCCCCGAUGAUCUCCCAGUUAAGAUACCAGAUCAUCUGCCGGAUUUCGUCACCAUACUACCCGAUCUGUUCAAGAACCUUAGUAUAUCAGUCGCCUGUGAUGCCGCCCUUGCUCGAAUGUUCGAUGACAAGCGUUCCCGGGAGGCCACCCUAGCCCUAGACGCUUGUGGCAAGCCGAUGCCUGGUUUCUUAGUGGGCAACCUAGCCUGGCUGGGACACUGGCCCGAGUGUAAGAGUCUGGAGGAGUUUCAUUUCUGCACCACCUUUCUCAAAUUGAACAUGUCCGCUGGGCUUACUGUCCCUGUGAUGAAGUGGGGUUUAUGUCUACCAGAUGAAUGCGAUGAGAAAGACGUUUUCAAUUCUAUCACUGAAAUAAUUGACAAGCUAGAAUACGAUGAACUGAAUACGCUCAAUCCCCAAGUGAUAAAGGUCCAAUGUGCGACAUCUCCACCUAGGGCUUACGAUGCAGGCUUCUACUCUACUGUGACACUUUGCUGUGUUGUUGCCUUGUUGAUGGUAUCUGGCUCUCUAUUCGACGUGCACAAAGAAAGACAAAAGAAGACAAGAGAGGAGCAUAUCGAGGAUUCGGAAGCCUUAUUGCUGCUACGACAAGAGAGUAAACCAAAUGGUUACGGCUCGUCUCACCAGCAUGCAGUCAAACAAAAGAAAGAUCGCAAAGGAUGUUGCGAGCGAUUCCUCCUCAGUUUUUCCUUCACUCGGAACCUGAAGCAGAUUCUCAAGACAGAUACGAAAGAGGGAAGUAUGCUUUGUUUGAAUGGCAUCCGGGUCAUCAGUAUGACCUGGGUCAUCUUAGGUCACACCAUCAUGCUUGUCUACCAGGUCUACGGAGAUACGUGGGACGGCAUAUUUGCGCUGGAUUUGCUGAAGUCGUUUCCUAUGCAGGCGAUCCUCAAUGCGUUCCCAUCCGUGGAUUCAUUUUUUCUUCUCAGUGGAUUGCUAAUUACGUACAUCACAUUGGGUCGUAUGGCAAGAUCGGAUGGUCGUAUACCAUGGGCGCUUUUCUAUUUCCAUCGCUAUUGGAGAUUACUCCCGGGUCUUGGUGCUGCCAUGCUGUUCACCCUUUACAUCCGUCCGUAUCUGGGCGAAGGACCCCUUUGGAGUAAUAUUGCUCGUGGUACCUUCAACUGUGACAAGUAUUGGUGGACAAAUUUACUCUUCAUUAAUAACUUCUACCCGCAAGUUGGCACUCAAGGGUGUAUUUACUGGGUGUGGUAUUUGGCUAAUGAUAUGCAGUUCUUCCUCAUCAGUCCCGUCUUACUAGUAUCGUUAUACAGGAAACCGAAGGUUGGAAUGAUCGUUAUUGCAAUAUUGUGUGUAGCGAGUUUGGCAACGACUAUUGGACUCAUGGUUGCCAACGAUUUCAAAGUCGCUCUUAUGGGAUUCGGUUCGAGUUAUACGGCAAACGAUAUAUUUUCGACGGUGUAUAUCAAACCAUAUUGUCGUAUUACACCAUACCUUGUUGGGAUGGUCCUAGGAUACGCAUUUCACUCGUGGAGGGGCACGAGAAUCCGGGUCCGUAAGCUUGUUGUAGUCAUUGGAUGGGCAAUCGCCAUAGCUACGGGUUUGGCAGUGGUGUAUGGUCUCUAUGGAGAAUUCAAUGGACAUCCUUUGAGCACAGCUGAGAAUGCUAUCUACAUGGCCUUUGCCCACUUUGCAUGGGCCAUCGCACUUUCGUGGGUCAUUUUUGCAUGUCACUAUGGUUACGGAGGUGAGCUUGAUUCUUAUUUUUUGAAUUAUUUUUUAUUAUUAUUGAAAUUUAGAACUAUGAAGUGCAUUGUGCACACGAUUUGUAGGUAGCGAUUUUAUGUGUUUUGAUAUCUUAUCUCAUAUGUAAUAUAUACAUGGUAUCUCAAUAAUCAUAAAAUUAUCAUUGUUUAUGAACGAAGAAUUACCAUCAAACGAUGUGACAUCUUUCCGGGUUUUUUUUUUUUUUUUUUUGGGGGGGGGGGG